CAAUCGUUUCUAUCGGAUGAUGUUAAAACAUACAAAUAAAAAGAAUUAAUAAAAUAACAAGAUCCACGAUGCAGUUGGAAGAAGAAUUAAGAUUAUUGAAUAUUAAUACAUGUGUCAAAUGUACUGGAGAAAAGAAACUGAUUUACGAUUGUUUAAAUAAGGAUCAAAAGAAAGUAUAUAACAAUAUAUGCAAUUUAUUUAAGAAAAAAGAUAAUGCAAUUGUUGUGAUUAACACUCCAAGCGGGACCGGUAAAACAUUUCUUUUAUCUACUUUCGUUGCAAAUUACGAGAAACCUGUAGCGUAUAUUACAUUCAGAAAAGACCAAGCAAGUGAAAUUUCAUUGAAGAAGAAUAAAACAUACACGUAUAUAUCUUUUAGUAUGCAUUAUUUCAAUCUAUCAUAUUAUGAUGCGAUUCAAAUGUUUAGUUCGUACGGAUAUGACCAAGUCGAAGAACUUCAUAAUUUAAUAGUAUCAUCUAAAAAGUUUGUCUGUGAAGAUGCAAGUAUUUUUAUUAUAGAUAUGUAUACUAUAUCAUCGCCAAAUAUGUUACUUUUGUUAUAUAUACUAUCACUUAAACAUCGACUGCAUUUAAUUUUUGCUGGAUAUCACAUGCAAUUAAAUGGAAUCAAUAAAUCUUCAUAUCAUAAUGAAAAUAAUUUUCACAUCAUUCAAAUAUUUAACGAUUUAAUGAUAAAUCAAUUAACUAAUACACGAACGUGUGAUGCCGUGCUUGAAGAUAAAUUGACGUGUUUUCGUAAACUUAUUCAAAAAUUUCAACCUAUUGGAAAUAUCCAAUUUUAUUAUAAUUUGCGUUAUUUCUUUUAUUCUCUUUUUCGAUCAAAAUAUUUCACUGAGGAACGUUUUGAUACUGUUUACAUAGCUCAAACUCAUCGUAAAAUUACAAUGCGUUUAUCUCGUUUUAUUAAAUAUUUGCAGUCGAUAGAAAAACCGUAUGUCGAAGCGCCAUAUUUUUAUUAUAAUUCAAAUCAUGAUUGCAUCGUGCCACUUUCGAAACGCAAAGAACGAAGAAUGAAAUUUUUUCCCACUCUGAUAUUAGUAGAAGGAUAUAAAUAUAUAUAUAUUAAUGAAGAUGGUGUUAACAAUAUUGUUGUAUUGGAAAAUAUAAUAUAUGAAGGUAUUAAAAUUAAAUGUUUAAGAAUUCGUUUUGAAAAUAAUCAUGUUAAAGAAAUCAAACAAAUCAGACUUAAUUAUUAUCAGAUUUUACCAGCCUAUCGUCUUUGGUUAUUAAAGAAUGUUAUACAUAUAGAUGAAUUAUGGCAAUUUCCUUUACGUCCUUACGCGCUGACAUAUCAUGCUGCUUUAGGACGAACAAUUGAAAAAAUAAAAGUAGAGCUAAAUAUUGAGCAUUUUGCCAAUUUUUUGUACAUUGGUCUUAGUUGUGUACGUCACGAAUCUGAUAUCUAUAAAAUUCAUGAUGAACAAAAUCUUUUAAGUUACAUGGUAACGGAUUAUAUGGAAAAUGUACGAAAUGAUACUGAAUAUUAUUACAAUUGUCCAAUGAUAGAAUAUAAUAAACAAGAAAUUUUGGCAUGUAUUACUAAUAAAAAGCCUAACAAGUUUAUAGAUAAUAUUCAUUGGACAACUGUGAAUUCUGUGGAUUUAUUUGAAAAAAAUAUAGUAUUUUUACGUAUUGCACGUAGUGUAUAUCAAGAAUCAUUAUUUCAAAAAAAAGAAGUAAAUACACCAUUGAUGCAAAUUACAAAAUUUGUUAAAAAUAAUCCAAAUGUGAUACUUGAAACGAUUAAAAUGGCAAGUGUCAAUGAAAAUAAAAACAUUAAUAAUAAUAAAAAUAAAAAAAAAAAAAUGAAGAAGAAACAACAGAAAAAAGAAAAUAAAGAGUGCAAAGAAUGUGAAUCAUUAGUUUAUUUAAGAAAUGAAUAUCAUCGAUGGCUUGUUGCAACUGAAAAAAGCGAUUAAAAAUUUGCGAGUAAACAUAAAAAAUUGUUAUUUUAAUUUUGAAAUUAAUAUUAUUGAAAAUAUUAAUUUUUUUAAAGAUAUAAUUUAAUAUUUUUUCAU